UACCUUGAUGUAUUCUGAUGUUGGUUGUCUCAAGUUUAUUGAUCAUAAGCCCCUUAAAUGAUCAUAAUUCAUAAGUAGUCAUAAGUCAUUUUACCUACUCAAGGCCCACGACCAACUCAAUUCCAGGGGCUACCAUUGUUUCUAACGGUUUAGGUUUAAAGCUGAGGAAGUGGAUUUGGUGGCCAAAAGCAUUAAGCACCGAGGAACCGAACAGGUUCGUUUCAACAAGUAAUGUAUUAAAGUGAUCUCAAAAGAUACAUAUCAAUUCAAGCAAUAGAUUUGAGGCUGCUCCAAUUCUGCAAAAUGCUUCCUAGAAUUAUAUUUUGCUUUGCAGUUCUUUUAGCCAUUCUGGUUGUUAUUCUUUUGGCCUUGCUCUCACCGGUAGCCCACAAAAAGGCAGCAAAUAACCCAUCCAAACCUUGGCUGGCCCUGUCCUUGUACAUCCAGCAGCCACAUAUUUCAAGCUCCAGCAUCCCAUCUGUUGCCCAGUCAGAUACUGGAGCCUUUAUCUUUCACCGCGCACUCACGGAGGGACCUGAGAACACGUCCCAUGUAGUUGGAAAAGCACAAGGCUUCAUUAUUCCCAUUGAACAUUUUGCUAAUUCUGCAUUCAACAUAAUUUAUCUCACUUUUGAGACACCUGAGUUUUCUGGGAGUCUAAGCGUCCAGGCCAAGCAUGUUGAAAAGAAGGAUAGAGAAGAAUUAACAGUGGUUGGAGGAACAGGUUCUUUUGCAUUUGCACGUGGGAUUGCAGUUUUUGCGCAGACUGAUUCCCAGUCAUCUGAAGCUGAUGCUACUUAUCAUGUAAAGCUUCAGCUUAGAUUUCCCAAUAGAUCUCAGACAAUUCCAGAAUGAGGCAAAGCCAGAAUCAUCUGUUUGA